UAGGACAAGGUAAUUUACUUUUUUAUUUGCCUUCAACUUUAGUUCUAAGGCAUCCCCAAAAAGGCCCUAAAACUAUUUUCUGCGACUUUGCAAGGCUGCGCAAACAAUUCUCGAGCGGCGGAGACAGAGGCACCUCUAUACCGGCUUGGACGAAAUCAACUUUUUUAUUUUUCACUCUGUGAGAUGGCAGGAAGGAAUCGCAUUCCUCGGGAAGCAUUUGAUAACCGCCGGGGCUAUCCCGCAGAAGGACAUAUUACUCGGGGUCCCAUGCCCCGGCCCAUGCCUCAUCCUGCUUUGUUAGAGGAAGAACUUGAAAUACAACAUGUUGAAAUACGCAGACUUUUGGGUGAAAACCGGAGACUGGUUGAAGAUCGAAUUGCUCUUCAACGUGAAUUGGGUGCUGCAAAGGAGGAACUUCAUCGCAUGAAUCUUGCAAUAGGUGAUAUUCAGGCGGAGCAUGAAAUGCGCUCUAGGGAACUGAUCGAAAGGGGUUUAAAGCUGGAAGGUGAUCUUAGAGCUACUGAACCUCUGAAAAAUGAGGCUAAACAACUCCAUACUGAAGUUCAGAGGCUUAAUACUAUUAAGCAGGAUCUCUCUGGCCAGGUGCAGACCCUCACCAAAGACCUCGCCAAGCUACAAGCUGAUAGCCAACAGAUUCCCCUUUUAAGGGCUGAGAUUGAUGGUCUGCAUCAGGAACUUUUACGCGCAAGGUCUGCUACUGACUAUGAAAAGAAGGCUAAAAUUGAACUCAUGGAUCAGAGACAGGCAAUGGAGACAAAUUUAGUUUCAAUGGCACGCGAAGUUGAGAAGCUACGUGCUGAACUUUUUAAUUCUGAUGGUAGAGCAUGGACUGCAGAUGAGAAAGCUGGGCAGCUUGGUUCAAUGAUCUGCUUUUUCCUUAUCUUGUUGCCUUUAUGCUAUUGGAGGUUUUUUGGGGUACAAAGCUGGACUAUGACCUCUGGGCCGUGGGAGAGCUGGACACAGUAUAGUUGGAUGUUUUCUGACUUAGUCGGUCAGUUUGCUUGGCUCCUAAUUUGGGGAUCCUUGACUGGGCUGUCGGAUAAUGGUAAGAGGUAUCUAGGGGAACUCAUGACGAUCUGUUCCAAGUCAAUUUGAAUUGGGAUAUUUCUGAAUGAUAUUGAAUGGGAAGUUUGAAAGGAAUCCAAUUCAUAUCCACUUUGGGCACAAAUUCAAGGGUGUUAUAAUGGGAGGAGCUUGACCGUGAAUCAGCCCACACACGUGUGAUCCAGGAAGUUGACUUCCGACAUUCACCAUUGGGGUACGGGGAGGGGGACAUAUUUCUGCCCAUGCCUGUUUCAACUUCCCUAUCACCCAUGUGCAUAUUUUUCAAGUUCCAUAUCACCCAUGGCUUGAUUCCGUUCAAUCAUCAAGAAAGUCAACAACCUGUACGUCGGAUAACAACGUUCAAAUGGACAGAAGUUGCCGUGCUGUUAUUUAGCAAGAUGGGAACCCGGUUUUAACAUCUUAUGCUCCCAGAGGUUUUAUCUAUGAGCAGCAGCAUAAAGCAACACACGCAAAAGUGGGAUUCACAAAAAAAAAAAAAAAAAAAAGAGAGAGAGAGAGAGAGACCCAAAAAGCAGGUUGAUCGAUUUGACGAUAGUCAGUACACUCUUUUUAGUCUUCAAGUGUGUUUUCUAAGAGAUAGGACGGGAUAGCAAAAUCACAGAAUACUAAGGCUAAUAUGGUUGGCCUUUUACAGUAAGCAUCUGGACUGGAUGGGCUAGUGCUUGAAACGCAAAAAAAAGACCUACAUGGGACGUACUUGAUAUGGAAAUAUGGGGUUAGUAUGUAAGGGUCAACAUCCUAAAGCCCUGAUUGAAUUAACAUGCAUUAUACAGAGUUUAAACACGAUUAUCUGUGCAUGCUCGCAGCGACUAGUUUCCACGUAUUUUUGUUGUCUU